AUGGAUUUUAUAAACUGUGUGUUGAAUUGGGUAGUGCUUCCUGCUAGCUUGGUGAUGCUGGCCUGUUCAUGGCCAGCCUUACGCUUUAUCAAUACAUGUGAGUGGCUCUACAAAUCUUUCUACAGUGAGGAUAUGGAGGAUAAAGUUGUUAUCAUCACUGGAGCUUCUUCUGGCAUAGGAGAACAAAUUGCAUAUGAAUAUGCAAAGAGGAAAGUGAAUCUUGUGUUGAUUGCACGUAGAGAGCACAGACUCAGAGGGAUCCGUGAGAAAGCUAGGUAUAUUGGUGCAAAGCAAGUCAUGAUUAUGGCAGCAGACGUAGUCAAGGAAGAUGACUGCCGGAGAUUUGUCAAUGAGACCGUAAGUCACUUUGGCCGAGUGGAUCAUCUUGUCAACACAGCAAGUUUGGGGCAUAUCUUUUACUUUGAAGAAGUUGGGGACACCUCUGUGUUAAAACAUUUGUUGGACAUUAAUUUUUGGGGCAAUGUCUAUCCCACUUAUGUGGCUCUUCCAUACAUACAUCAGAGCAAUGGGCGAGUCGUCGUUAAUGCAGCAGUUGAAAGCUGGUUACCUCUACCUAGAAUGAGCUUAUAUGCU